AUGUUGGCCGACUUCCAAACAGAGAUUGCCACGGCUCCGGAGCCGGCUCUUGGCUCCGGCUCCGGCUCCGAGCCGGGAGCCAGAGCCGGAGCCGGAAAUUUUGGGGUCGGCUCCGGCUCCCGAUCCCAAAGUCGGAGCCAGGCUUCCCAGCGGUCAGAAAAGUAAAAAUUUCGUGAUCUUGUUAAACCAAAUUGCUUGAAAAACACUGCGGAGGAUGUGACUUGACUGCAAAAACGUUGGCUGUAUGAUCUCUGGCACUAAUAACUUUUAUUUUUGGAAAAAUAUUUAAAAAAAAAACAUUUUGCAUAGGAGCCGGGAUUCGGAGCCGGAAGCCUUUUUAAAUUUUGCACGGAGCCAAGAGCCGGAGCCGGAGCUGCAAAUUUGGCCUCGGCUCCGGCUCUGGGAGCUAAGAGCCGGAGCCGGAGCCGAAAUUUUGACCGUGGCAAUCUCUGCUUCCAAGCAUGCCGAAGCUCCGUUGUUCUUCAAGCUGCCCGCAAAAUCGAAGACUUUUUUGGCUCGCCGAGUACUAGCUGUUUCGCAAAGUCGCUGGAGUAA